GAUCCAGGAAGCCGAAUGAAGUCUAGAUCCAAGUGGGAUCCGAACUGAAUAGGGACUGGGGCCUGGGCCGCCUUCUUAGAGGAUCCCUGCAUUUCGUUAAGCCCUCCUUGCUUUACUGAAGAGGAUCGAUUGAGUCUAGAAGCUCUCCGUACAAUACACAAGCAAAUGGACGACGACAAAGACGGCGGCAUUGAAGUAGAAGAAAGUGAUGAAUUUCUCAGAGAAGAUAUGAAAUAUAAAGAUGCCACUAAUAAACACAGCCAUCUGCACCGAGAAGACAAGCAUAUAACAGUUGAGGAUUUGUGGAAACGCUGGAAAACAUCAGAAGUUCACAAUUGGACUCUCGAAGACACCCUUCAGUGGCUGAUAGAAUUUGUUGAACUUCCCCAGUAUGAGAAGACCUUUAGAGAUAACAACGUCAAAGGAACAACUCUCCCCAGGAUAGCGGUAAAUGACUUGGCGUUCAUGACCUCUCAACUGAAAAUUAUUGACCGAAGCCAUAGGCAGAAGCUUCAACUGAAGGCACUGGAUGUUGUUCUGUUUGGACCACUAACACGCCCACCACACAACUGGAUGAAGGAUUUUAUCCUCACGGUUUCUAUAGUGAUUGGUGUUGGAGGUUGCUGGUUUGCCUAUACGCAGAACAAAACAUCAAAAGAACACGUUGCAAAAAUGAUGAAAGACCUAGAGAGUCUGCAGACUGCAGAGCAAAGCCUUCUUGACCUACAAGAAAGACUUGAAAAGGCACAGGAGGAGAACAGAAACGUUGCUGUCGAAAAGCAGAAUCUGGAGCGCAAAAUGAUGGAUGAAAUCACUUAUGCAAAGGAGGAGGCUUGUCGACUGAGAGAACUGAGGGAGGGAGCGGAAUCUGAGUUGAGCAGGCGCCAGUAUGCAGAACAGGAGCUAGAACAGGUCCGCAUGGCUCUAAAGAAGGCCGAGAAGGAAUUUGAACUAAGAAGCAAUUGGUCUGUUCCAGAUGCUCUGCAAAAAUGGCUCCAAUUGACCCACGAAGUGGAAGUUCAAUAUUACAAUAUUAAGAGACAAAACGCUGAAAUGCAGUUAGCAAUCGCUAAAGAUGAGGUCGCUGCUUCAUAUCUGAUCCAGGCCGAGAAGAUAAAAAAGAAGAGAAGCACAGUCUUUGGGACUUUACAUGUUGCACACAGCUCCUCCCUAGAUGAAGUGGACCACAAGAUUCUUGAAGCAAAGAAAGCUCUCUCCGAGUUGACAACUUGUUUACGCGAACGUCUUUUUCGUUGGCAACAGAUUGAGAAGAUCUGUGGCUUUCAGAUAGCUCAUAACUCUGGCCUGCCAAGCUUGACCUCCUCGCUUUACUCUGAUCACAGUUGGGUGGUGAUGCCUAGGGUCUCCAUCCCACCCUAUCCAAUUGCUGGGGGAGUUGAUGAUUUGGACGAAGAUACACCUCCAAUUGUGUCCCAGUUUUCUGGGCCCAUUGUGAAGCCUCCCAGCACCCUAGCAAGAAGCAGCAGCCUGUGUCGCUCGCGUCGGAGCAUUGUGGCCUCAUCUCCUCAGCCUCAGCACACUCCGCUUCCUCCGCUCCCUCCCCACGCCCAGCACCCGCCCCAUCCUCGACAUCCUCCACAUUCUCAACACCCAGCGCCCCUGCAGCAUGCCUUGCCUUCCCCGGAUCCCGACAUCCUCUCAGUUUCGAGUUGCCCCGCUCUCUACCGCACCGAGGAGGAGGAAGAGGCCAUUUACUUCACUGCUGACAAGCAAUGGGAAGUACCAGAUACCGCUUCAGAAAGCGACUCCUUAAACUCAUCCAUUGGAAGGAAGCAGUCUCCUCCUUCAAGCCUUGAGAUGUACCACACCAUGUCUCCACGCAAGAUAUCGAGAGAUGAACUGUCCUUAGAGGAGUCCUCCAGGGGAGACUCCCCAGUAACUGCAGAUAUCUCCCGGGGAUCCCCCGACUGUGUCGGCCUGACAGAAACUAAGAGUAUGAUUUUCAGCCCCGCAAGCAAAGUGUACAAUGGCAUCCUGGAGAAGUCCUGCAGCAUGAACCAGCUUUCCAGCGGGGGCUCGGUGCCCAAACCCCGCCACACCUCCUCCUCUUCCACCGGCAGCGAAAGUAAACCCGCCCUGGAACCCACCCAUGUCCCCCGGAUAAGCAGCAUCCCCCAGGACCUCUGUCAGAAUGGAGAGAAAAGCAAAAAGCCAUCCAAAAUCAAAAGCCUUUUUAAGAAGAAGUCCAAGUGAACUAAAAGAAUCCUGCCGGGGGCAUUGUUCAACUUUUCUUUUACUUUUCUUUUUUUUUGUUGUUUUUCUUUUUUUUUGUUGUUUGUUUUUUAAUUUUAGGAAUGUAACUCCCAUUUAUGGACGUUCCGGACUGGAUGCCGUGGGGAACGCCCUUUAUGUCUAAUGUCUGCUAUUUAAGUGACUCUAGAGUCGGACCGUCGGGCCAACUGUCCCCGAACAAAAUCAUUAAAAAGUUGAGACAGUUUACAGUCA